GGUCAGCUGAUGCGGGGGCAGCCGGCGCCGGGCCGCGGGCGCUGCUGGUCCAGGGGGGGUUUCUCGGGGGCCCGAUUCCCGCCCGCCUCUGCCCGCCCCCUUCCUGCCGCCGGGCCCGGGGCCCCCCGGCCAUGAGCCCCUGAGCGGCGGCCCUGCGCCCAGGCAGCUCCCGGGCCGGGACUUUGACCCCCCGCAGCCCGGGGGCCGGACCGGACCGGACCGGACAGGCGGAGGGAGGGACCGGACCCGACCGGGCCGGGCAGGCGAAUGGCUGGCAAGGACUAUGACCAUCUCUUCAAGCUGCUCAUCAUCGGGGACUCGGGGGUGGGGAAGAGCAGCCUUCUGCUGCGGUUUGCAGAUAACACGUUCUCCGGCAGCUACAUCACCACCAUCGGCGUGGAUUUCAAAAUCCGGACCGUGGUGAUCAACGGCGAGCGGGUCAAGCUACAGAUCUGGGACACGGCUGGACAGGAGCGAUUCCGCACCAUCACCUCCACGUAUUACCGCAACACCCAUGGAGUCAUCAUCGUCUACGAUGUGACGAACCCCGAAUCCUUCGUCAACGUCAAGCGCUGGCUGCACGAGAUUGGGCAGAACUGUGACAGUGUCUGCAAAGUCCUGGUGGGGAACAAGUGUGAGGACCCAUCCCGGAAGCAGGUGGAGACGGCCGACGCCCGGCGCUUCAGCGAGCAGAUGGGGGUGCGGCUCUUCGAGACCAGCGCCAAGGAGAACCUCAACAUUGAGGAGAUGUUCAACGCGGUGACGGCCAUGGUACUGCGCAUGAAGCAGGAGAACCUGGCGCGGCUGCAGCACCCCGAGGUGGUGAAGAUCAACAGGCCCAAGAAGAAGCCCCCCGUCAAGAAAUGCUGCUGAGGGGCCGGGGGGAGCUGAGCCCCUGCCCCCACCCCCUGGGGCAGGAUGGACUGUGUGUAUAUGGGGGGGGUAUCUGCCCCCCUCCCCCGUCUGGGGGCUCCUGGCCGUUGGGGGACGAGGGGCUGGAGUGGGGGAGAGCUGGAGCUUGGGGGGCUGGCUGGGGGGGGGGUUUGGUGGAAGGAACAGAGAGAAGGAAAUGGAGGAGACUGUUCUGCCCCGGGGGGGGCCUGGCCCCCCAAUUUUUCCCCCUGCCCCCCAAUCUGCUCUGGGCCCCCCAUCCCUAUCCCUCCACCCCACUGUGAAAGGGAAGAUGCCACUUCCUGCCCCCUGCACUUCGGGGUGCACAUGCCCCCCGAACUCAUCCCACAACUCUGGAGUGGGGGAACACGUGGGGGUUCCUGCUCCGCCCCUCCUGUGCCCCCAUUUGUUUGGGGGUGUCUCCCUGCUCCAGCUCUCCAUUCUCCCACAGGGGCCCUCAAAUGUUUUCCAGUGGGGCCCCCCAAAAGUGCCCUUCUGCACUAUGCAAUCCAACCCUCCUGAGCACUGGAAAGGCAGCACCUAGGAAAUGGGGGUGAAGCCAGCCCCCUGAACCCUCUCCUUGCCCCCCACGCUCUGGGAACAGCCAGGGAUAUAGCCCCCCCAUUGGGAACAAGAUGGGGUUCCCCCCUCUGGGCUCAAAUCUGGGGUUUGCUGCCUGGCUCUGAGCUCCUGCCCCACUAGGAACGGGGUGGGGGGCUCAGCAGUGGGGGGCAGCCCCCGAACGGGGAGCAAAAGGAGGCAGUUCACAAGUGGGGUGCAGCCCCGGGCCCCCCCUGGGGGGCAGAAAGGGAGCUCGGAAGUGGGGUUCACCCUAGCACUGGAAGUGGGGGCACGGCUGGGGGGGUGGGGUUGGCCCCCCAAUAACUGUGCAAUAAUCCGGCCAUGCCCUGGGGGGGCUGAACUGACACUAACCCCGCCCCAGAGACGGUUUUUCUUCAAUAAAGACAAUUUAGGUAUGAAAAGACGCCUGAUUGCGCAGCCCAGAGGCCUGGGUCUCUCCCUGGCUCGGGGGAGUGAGGGCUAGGGGGAUGGGCUGAGAGCCAGGACUCCUGGGUUCUGUUCUUCGCUGUGAGUGCCUCAGUUUCCCCUGCACUAGGCGGUUUGACUGUCGGGGGGGCCCUGGAACACCCUCCCCGUAACAGGAACCUGCUUAAUUCAGAUUCAUUCUGUUUACACUUCGCCAUUCUGCUUUGGGCCAGACCUGCUCUGGGGGAGAGACCGUGGCCAGUGAGGGAUCUGCAGGGAAACGGAAACCGGAUUCAGUUGGAGGGCCUGGG